CAUGUCUUUUGUUUGUUUCUGAAAAUGAUUUUGCAUAUUUUCUCAAGUGGUAAUGAUUUAAAGAGAUUAAUGACUAACUAAGGAACAAAAUAAAAUCUUUAUUGAAUAAUGAUUUGAAUCAGUUCUCAAUGGCCCAAAUGUUGGAAGCAAAAGGUGGAAGGGGAGGGAAUCAAUGGGAUGAUGGAGCCGACCAUGAAAAUGUAACAAAGAUACAUGUACGAGGUGGUCUUGAAGGAAUUCAAUUCAUCAAGUUUGAGUAUGUCAAAGCUGGACAAACCGUUGUUGGACCAAUCCAUGGUGUCUCGGGUAAAGGUUUCACACAAACGUUUGAGAUUAAUCAUCUCAACGACGAACAUCUGGUGUCGGUAAAGGGUUGCUAUGAUAACAUAUCCGGUGUGAUUCAAGCACUUCAAUUCGAAACCAAUCAGAGGAGUUCUGAAGUCAUGGGAUACGAUGACAAUGGCACUAAGUUUACACUUGAAGUCAGUGGAAACAAAAUUACUGGGUUCCAUGGAUCUGCUGAGGCAAACCUAAAAUCUCUAGGAGCUUAUUUCACACCACUUGCUCCUAUUAAACUAGAAUACCAAGGUAGUGCUACUGGAGGCAGGCCAUGGGACCAUGGUAUUUACACCGGCGUAAGAAAAAUCUAUGUUACAUAUAGUCCCUCUGGGAUAUCGCAUAUCAAGGUCGACUACGACAAAAUUGGCGAAGUGGAAACGCGUCAAGACGGGGAUAUGUUAGGAGAAAAUAGGGUCCUAGGACAACAAAACGAGUUUGUAGUGGACUAUCCAUAUGAAUAUGUUACAUCAAUCGAGGGGACCUGUGACAUAGUCUCUGGCAGUUCAAACCGAGUUAGGUCGUUGAGUUUCAAGACAUCAAAAGACAGAACAUCUCCUACAUAUGGACAUAAGGGUGAGCGAACAUUCGUGUUUGAGAGCAGAGGUAGGGCUCUUGUUGGGCUUCAUGGAAGGGGUGGUUUUGCUAUUGAUGCUAUAGGUGCACAUUUUGCUGCGCCUCCUAUUCCUCCUCCUCCUCCCACGGAGAAACUACAAGGAUCAGGUGGUGACGGAGGAGAAUCAUGGGACGAUGGAGCUUUCGAUGGUGUGAGAAAGAUAUACGUGGGACAAGGUAAUAAUGGUAUUGCAUCUGUCAAGUUUGUGUAUGACAAGAACAACCAGUUGGUACUAGGAGAAGAGCAUGGAAAGCAGACUUUGCUUGGAUACGAAGAGUUCAAGUUGGAGUAUCCGAGUGAAUACAUCACAGCAGUGGAGGGGUAUUUUGAUAAAGUAUUUGGAAGUGAAUCUUCAGUAGUAGUCAUGCUUAAGUUCAAGACCAAUAAACGAACCUCGCCGCCUUUUGGAAUGGAUGCUGGAGUUAGCUUCAUACUCGGGAAGGAAGGUCACAAAGUGGUAGGGUUCCAUGGAAAAGCUAGUCCCGAGCUCUAUCAGAUUGGGGUCAGUGUCGCACCAAUCACCAAGUGACGUCCUUGAACUAUAUAAUGCAUGUUGGUUAAGGCGCCUCUCUCGUAUCUCCACCACUUUACUACGUGUGUUGUCUCCCAUGUUUUAUUUUGAAUAAUCUUUUCAAUCAAGCAAUCUCGUGUAAUAAAACCAAGGUUUUCGA